CCCCGGCCCCGCCCCCUCCGAGCAUCGCCGGGACCGGAGCCGGCCGCGGGUCCUGCACAGCCCCCCCAUGAAGGGCGAGCCCCCCCCCAGCAGCACCCUGAGCGUGGGGCAGGCCAGGAAGAUGGUGGAGCAGCUGAAGAUCGAGGCCAGCCUGUGCCGGGUCAAGGUGUCGAAGGCGGCGGCGGAGCUGCUGAGUUACUGCGAGGCGCACGCGUGCGAGGACCCCCUGCUCACACCCGUGCCCACCUCCGAGAACCCCUUCCGCGAGAAGAAAUUCUUCUGCGCCCUCCUCUGAGCCCCCCGAAACUGCCGGGGACCCCCCGGGCACCCCCCAACACCCAAAAUCGAGAUUUAAAUCCGAUUUCACCCCAAAAAAUCGGGCGGGGAAUGAGGCGGGGAGGGGUGAACUGGGGGUUUGGGGUCCCCCCUAAAUCGGGGGUGGCCCCAAAAAGCCUCGGGGGGGUCCCAGUUCAGUUUUGGGGGUUUUCCACACCCCAAAAAGGCUUCGAGGGUGGGCUCAGGGAAGGUUCUGGAACGGGAGGAGGGGGAGAGACCCCCCCCAAAUCACCCCCAAACUGCCCCUCCCCCAUCGCUCCCC